AUGGCACCCGAAAGACCUCGUUCAGUGGAGUACGACAUUCCCUUUGGACCUCGGAUUAUCGAACGGAAACCCGAAGGCGAGGUUCAAGAACUAUAUAGAUCCGCCAGACCGGUGAGACCACAGCAUAGGCCUAUCCUCCGACAUCCGGAGCCCGAACGCAUCGAAGCAGAUUAUGUAGAGCUGCGAGAACCUGGACGGCGACGCCCGCCACCUAUCAAUAUUAGAAGACAGGUCGCGGACGACUUCGUCCCCUUACCACGGCCAGUGCCAUCACCAAGAUAUCCGCUAGAUGAAGAAACACCAACCUUAGAGAUAAGAACUCCUAGACAGCGACCUAUCAUUCACACAUCACCUUCCCCACUUCGGGAGCAUCGUCGACGUCGAGCAUCAUCUCCAUCACCGUCGCCAAGCCCGGUUCGUGAAGUGGAGAGGAUCAGAAUCUGCAAACUAGACAAGUCUGAUAGUGGCAAAGCUGAACGGUAUCGAGGUCGUGCCGCUGAGGACGAAAUCAGGGUUGAGCGCGAACGUCGUCGCCACGUCGAGGAGAACAACCGUCACCUAGCGGAGAGGGCAUCUCGCGAGGCUUCAGAGCGUCGUCGGGCCCAAAGAGAUGCUCAGAACGCUAUCGCUCAAAGAAGAAGUGCCGAGAUAGCGGCUGCGGAGCUACAACAGCAGAACGAGCGACUAGAUCGUGCGCGACGACUUGCGGAACGGGAAGCAGCUAUACUCGAGCGAGAACGAUUGCGGGAGCGAGACCGAUUGCGGGAGCAAGAAAGAGUUCGCGAAGUAUCUGGACGUCCUCAAGGAGCCUUUCGGCUAGCAAGAGAACCCCUUCGAUCACCGAGAGACCCCAUCCAUCUUACUACAGAUCGAGGUGCACAAGUCAUUCAAGCAGCCCAAGCCAAUCAACGUCUCCGGCACAGGGAACGGAAUUCCUACCAUGAUUAUCAUGAUUAG